AUGGCACAACCUCAAAUUCAAGUCCACUCAUCAGCAACACAUUAUGAAACUGGAACCUACCACCAACCAUCACCACAACAACGAUCCCUUCGUAAAGAAGUUUACAAAGGUGUUAACUAUCCCGACCGUCACCGUUACGAUGAUGAUUGUGUUGAGGAUUUUUCUUCUUUUAACUUCUUUGAAAGAGGUCCUUCUCUCUCUCAAAUCCUCGCCACCCUUGGAGGGAUUUUUGUAGGUGGGACGCUGCUUUUAUUAGCCAGCGUCUCAUUUUUCGUCAGUCUAGUUGGACUGACGAUAACAACACCACUUUUUAUCCUUUUUAGUCCGAUUCUAGUUCCCGCUGUCCUCACCAUAGGACUAGCGGUGGCUGCGGUAUUGACCGCCGAUGCAUGCGGACUAACAGGGCUUAUAUCGUUGUCAUGGGUGGCGAGGUACAUUAGGGUUGUACAAGAGACGAUGCCGGAGCAAGUGGAUUCCUUUAAGGGACGUUUGGCUGACGUGGCGGGUUAUGUUGGACAAAAAACUAAGGAUGUUGGAGAAAAGACUAAGGAGGUUGGACAAGACAUACAAGUGAAGGCACAUGAAGCUAAGAGAUCAGCAUAA